AUGGCGGCAGUGAUGCCUAACGAGAAAUCACCGAUCCGCAAAAGCGGCGGUAAAAUUCGUCUGGCUAAACAGCUUGAAGUUGACGAGGGCAUUACAUCGCUGAAGACAAAACUGCGUCUAAGCGACAGUGAAAACGAAAAGUCCUCUGCUGCUCUAACGGAUAGCAAGACGUUGUCGCAAGUUCAGAACGACGAAAGGUCAAAGAAGUGUAAAUAUAAAACGCUCGUUAGGAGCCACGCUUUGUGUGGCGACGAUGACACGCGCUUGAGCCCGUUGCGAGAGGAAAAACAAAGUUGCUCCAAUUCCAGUUCCGGUAUAUCUCGAGAUUCUAGCAGCGAGCUAUACACCGAUUCCACGGGAAUCAACCUGGAAGAUUUCAUCAUCGCUACUCUUCACAAAAAUGCUAAAGACCGUCAGAUGAUACUGAACCUCGAAGAAGAGCUCAUCACUUUUGUACAAGAUGCAAGUAAGCAGGUCCAUCGUUUCCCUCCAAUGAGCUCGUACAACCGAAUGCUGGUUCAUCGGAUCGGCGCAUUCUUUGGCUUGGACCACAACGUCGACCAGAGCGGAACCGCGGUUGUCGUUAAUAAGACAAAAUCCAUUCGCCUGUAA